UCCUGGUUUUGCUGCUCCGCUCAUCGCAGCGUUAUAUACCUUCCCUGACUCCCAACACUCCCAGCAUUGCUGUGCAAGCAGAUGUUCUCUCUCUCUCUGAUGCCAAAUUCUUGCUAUUUUUCGCAUUUGGAGAAGGUAUUCUUACGCGCGAAGGGGCUGAAAAGUGACGAGAAACAACAUAAACUGCCUCCCUCCUCUGCGCAGUGAGAGAGAGGGAGAGUUGUGAACGGAUUUUUUAGGGGGGAGAAAUACAGUAAGGCUACAGAAACCCAGCGGCAGCAGUUUAUUCACCACACCUGUGAUGCGUUGUUCUGAGCAACGAAGACGCACGACCGGGAUACAGAUGGCUACGCUACGGCGGGAGGAUAUGUGUUGAGGAAAAAGACUUGGGCGUUGUGAGAGAGAGAAAAAAAAAAGGCGUUAAGUGCUACCGAGGACACUCUCCGGACCUUAAAAAGCCCUGUGUGCCAGUGUUUCUUCUCUGCUCUCUGCCUUUUGAAACUUAGGUGAUAAAAAAACACGAAGAUGCCCUUACUUCUGGGCCCCUUUGUCCGCUGUAGAUCCAGCGCCACGCUCCUCGUGCUUUGGCUCAUCUUCGCUGGAUUCACCUGCACUGGUUCCGAGCACGCCGCCACAGCAGCACUUCCUGCCGCCUUCUCGGACCUGUUACCUCACUUCCUGGUGGAGCCGGAGGACGAGUACAUCGUGAAAAACAAGCCGGUCACUCUGACCUGUCGUUCCACCCCGGCCACGCAGAUCUACUUCAAGUGCAACGGCGAGUGGGUCCACCAGGACGACCACUUGAUUGAGCGGAAUGUCGACCCAGCCACAGCGCUGCCAAUCAUGCAGGUGACGAUUGACAUCACCAGACAGCAGGUGGAGAAGAUCUUCGGUCUCGAUGAGUACUGGUGUCAGUGUGUCGCCUGGAGCACUACCGGAACCCAGAAAAGCCAAAAAGCGUACAUUAGGAUUGCUUACUUGAGAAAGAACUUUGAGGAGGAGCCGCAGGGUAAAGAGGUGGCAUUGGACCAGGAGGUGUUACUGCGCUGCCAUCCCCCAGAGGGAGUGCCACAAGCUGAGGUGGAGUGGCAGAGAAACGAGGAUGUGAUCGACCCAGCGAGCGACCCCAAUUUUUUCAUCACCACCGACCAUAAUCUUGUCAUCAAAAAAGCCCGGCUUGCAGACACGGGCAACUACACGUGUGUGGCCAAAAACAUCGUCGCUCGCCGCAAAAGCACCUCUGCCACGGUCCUAGUCUAUGUCAACGGCGGCUGGUCCACGUGGACCACCUGGUCGUCCUGCAGUGCUGUGUGUGGGCGUGGCUGGCAGAAGAGGAGUCGGAGCUGCACCAACCCCACGCCACUGAAUGGAGGCACAUCCUGUGAGGGGCAGAACGUCCAGAAAAGUGCCUGUGUGGCCACCUGUCCAGUAGAUGGAGGCUGGAGUGAAUGGAGCAAAUGGUCGGCGUGCGGUGCAGACUGUUCGAUGUGGAGGAGCAGGGAUUGCACCCAGCCUUCACCUGGCACCGGGGGCAAAGACUGCCAGGGCCUAGACCUCCAGUCUCUCAACUGUACCAGCGAGCAAUGCCCACAGACCGUGAGCGGGGCAGAGGACGUGGCGCUCUACGUGGGCAUGGUAGCGGUGGCUCUGUGUCUGACUCUACUCCUCAUCGUGGUGGUCCUGGUCUACCGGCGUAAGAAGGAGGGCCUGGAUGCCGACGUGGCGGACUCCUCCAUCCUCACCACUGGCUUCCAGCCCAUGGGCAUCAAGCCCAGCAAGCCAGGUGUGUGGGCACCGCGGCCACGCAGGCCUCCCCCCCACAGCAAGAAUUCUCAUUUGCUUACAAUCCAGCCUGAUCUAACCACUACCACCACUAGUUACCAAGGCACGCUGCGCUCUCGCCACGAUGCCACCGGGAAGUUUUCCAUGACCAACGGCCCUUUGCUGGACCCGCUUCCCAACGGCUCACACACUCUGCACAACGGCAAGCUCAACUCUGACCCUGCUGAGUUUGUGAGCAGGCUGUCCACUCAGACCUACUUUAAAACACUGCCUCGCGACAUGGCCAACACCUCUUAUGGGACCUUCAACUUCCUGGGAGGGAGGCUGACGAUCCCCAACACAGGAAUCAGUCUGCUCAUUCCUCCCGAGGCCAUCCCCAGAGGAAAGAUCUAUGAGAUUUAUCUCACUGUUCAGAGGAAGGAAGAUUUAAGGUUACCCCUGGCCGGGUGCCAGACCCUGCUCAGCCCCGUUGUGAGUUGUGGCCCUCCAGGGGUGGUCCUGAGCCGGCCAGUUAUCCUCAGCAUGGACCACUGCUCUGACGCAUGCCUCGAUAACUGGGCUGUCCGCCUCAAGAAGCAAAACUACGAGGGCGCUUGGGAGGACGUCCUGCUGAUGGGGGAGGAGCUGGUGUCCGAGCCCUAUUACUGCCAGCUCGAGGCCGAGACGUGCCGGCUGUUCUCGGAGCAGCUGGGCAUCUUCGCCCUAGUGGGAGAGUCCCUGCACAUGGGCGCUGCCAAGCGACUGAGGCUGGUGCUCUUCUCCGACGCCUACUGCUCCACGCUGGAGUACAACAUCAGGGUCUACUGCAUGGACGACACGCAGGACGUCUUCAAGGAGGUGAUGCAGAUGGAGCGGCAGCUCGGGGGUCGGCUGAUUGACGAGCCUCACGUCCUGCUUUUCAAAGACAGCUACCACAACCUGCGCCUGUCCAUCCAUGACAUGCCCCAGGCGCACUGGAGAAGCAAGCUGCUAGCCGGCUACCAGGAGAUCCCGUUCUACCACAUCUGGAACGGUUCCCAGCGGUACCUGCACUGCACGUUCACUCUGGAGCGGCUCAGCCUCAGCACCUGCGAACUCACCUGCCAGCUGUGUGUGUGGCAGGUGGAGGGGGAGGGACAGAGCUUUAGCCUCGACUUUAACAUCGCCAAGGACACCCGAGCUGUGGACUCUGAGUUUCUGUUAAUGGACAGUAACGGCACAGCUCUGGCGGGGCCCAGCGCCUUUCAGAUCCCAUACCUCAUCAGGCAGAAGAUCUGCAGCAGCCUGGAUGCCCCCUGUCCCAACGGAGCCGACUGGAGAAUGCUAGCACAAAGACUUAAACUUGAGAGACACAUGAGUUUCUUUGCAUCCAAAGCGAGCCCAACCUCUGUGAUCCUGGACCUGUGGGAGGCACAACAUUUCCACAGCGGCAACAUCAACCAGCUGGCCACGGUCAUGGCUGACAUUGGCAAACAGGAAGCCAUGAUAUUCCUGGUCUCUGAUGGCGAGUGCUAACCCAGAAAAGGGGGAGAGACUGGUGCAGAGGAAAGUACAGAACACAACAACACAAAAUACACAACAAUAACUGCAGCAGGAAUAGAAGAGCGAAGCUUCUUCUUCACUUUAGGAGAUAGUAAAGGGUUUAUGUAGGAUUCAGUCUUUAUUUCCCGUCGAACAGAAUAAAAAUCUUAACAGACCAAAUGAAGGAAAAGGUAGAGUUUGGGUGUGUGGGAAUUGUAUUCAUGAAAGCAACUUGGUAGAGAAAACACCUUUUAACCAAAAGGUUAAAUUAAGGUUAAAUUAGUCCACACCCCUGGUUCUACCUAAAAAUGAACAUUAAAAUAACUUCAUGCCUUCUACACAAAUGGGCCAUAAUGGCUAAUAAGGAGCAAUAUGCAAAAGUAAUUCUAUUACUAAUGGCCAAUAUUAAAAUUUAAUUUUUGAACUUUGAUUCAAAAAUGAUAUAUUAGAUAUUAAAUGAAAGGGAAUGUGACAAAAAGGUGCCAGUCUUUUCAGGUUAAAGAGAAAAGGCGACUUAUGCAAUUGGCCAGUUUGUUAGAUGACAUCACUUCAGACACAUUUUCAACAAGGUCAUCAGGGUCUGAGAACGUCCCCUCCCAAACCCAGUGACACUAUAUAGAUGUACGUCUCACAUGCGUCAUUAUCUGUUGUUUUUUUUUUUUUUAUACACACACAUACACGCACUCAGACGGCUUGUAGCACAUCCUGGACAUGCAGGUUUUAAAAAUAGAUUGUAUGUCACGACCCCAAAACCCCGUCUCAUCCUGUUUGUGUGUCUUUAUAGUCCAGCCGGUAUCACUACUGUGAAUGUAACAUCUUGACAUCUUGAUUCAGCGAGACGCUUCACAGCUCUCUUGCUUCUAAAUCAAUAUAUGUGGGGUUUGGGUUCUUUGAACUUUUUGAGGGAGGAGUGAGUAAUAUCUUCACUUAAAUCAUGUUUCAGAAGCCAUUUCUAUUUAAAGCCUGUGAUUUUGGUCCGUCCAGUUUCUUUCACGACUUAUAUUACCCAAUCGUUCAUCGUGGUGUGUUUCUGUUUCAAAUUCCACCGCUAAUGAAGGAGCCAUAGGGCCGAAAGGCAUUCUAGCUGCAUAUAUGUGAACACUGAAUGUCGUCAAAACUAAUUUCUUAAAUGACAUUUCCCCCCCUGAUUAAAUUCAUUCUGUAGCAGAUAUGUUAAAUGUAAAACAUGGCCAAAAGGGUUAUUAUCCGUAUGAAUAAUGUAGACAGAAAAUCUGACAAAGAAAUCUUCAAAAUCUUCACUACUUCAUUACUCACUUUGAAAGGGUAGCACUGCAGCUUUGCUUUUAUAAUUCAUAAAGCAAUGUUGGUGGGAAUGCUGUAUUCGCUGUAUGGCAAACAGUAUUUCCAUAAUGUCACGCCUCUGCUCACAAAAGCUGCUUUGAAAGGGUUUUUUUUUUUUUUUUCCUUUUUGUUGUUACGAGCCAGGAUGGCAAAAAUGAUCCAGCAGAUUCAUGCAAGAAACAUAAACUGCAACUACACAUUUGCUUAUUAUAUUUUUGCAUUCAUUUACACACAUUAUUAGUGAAUGAGUCUGUCAGGUCAGGCAACGUAAACACAGAGUAUCUUUUAAAGUCCACUGGUUCAGCAAUUAUACUUUUAAAAGAUGUGAGCAAUCCCAAAUUAGCCAUAGUUCUCUCUCCUCCUCAGGGUUGCAUGUGAAGUUGUCUGUUAAAGUUGUAAAGGGAGCCCUCUUCAUUAAAUCCCCUCUUACUUAAACAAGCUAGCACAGCCCAUCCUACCAGCUCCUGUGGCUCCAACCUUUAAGAUUAACUGGAGUCUCUUUUAUGAUUGUCAGAUAUUUGGAAUGUACAUUUAUGUUACCUUGUGGUGGGAAAGAAGUGUGUAGUUUCCUUUCUUCUGUUUUCUCUUGGAAGUUGUUUGGGGUUUUUUUUAUAUGGCAUCUCAUCACCUGUUAACUCCUUUUAGCUUCUCUUUCAUCCCAUUAAAACAUGCCUCCUCUUCACCGACACUUUUUACAAACACCUGUUCUAUUUGAUGUAGAGAUGCCAUGAAAUAAAAAAAAAAUUAACCCUUUUUUUUUUUUAAAUAAAAAAAAAACCUUUAAAGUAACCCUUGAAUUAAGCCCCUUUCAGACAAAAUGGUGACAUCACCUUAAAUAAAUCUUUUCAUGUUGAAAUGGAUCACCGUCACAUGUAAUAUGUAAAUACUUUUUCUAUACCAGCCGUGUGCUGUCACUUUGCAUACUGUAUAUCAGCCAAAUUGGUAACCAAAGUUUUAUGAAUAUCAUUUGAGGCCACCUCAUCAUCCUCAUAUUGUGUCAUUAACAUAUUGUUUUACUUGCAGCUAGUAUAGAAUAAAUCAGCGUUACAGUCUCUUCUAUUGCUGACUUAAAAGUCCAAAUCAUGACUUAAUCUCAUUUCCUCGCUUUUGUCUUUGAGGCAAGUUCAUGCUGUUUGUUCGAUUUUAUUUUAUCACUUUGUAAAGAAAUGUAAAUUAUAUUUUAAUAUGAAGCCAAAAAAAGACACUUAACUGGCGCAGCAUUUGUCAAGUCUAAACCGUGACGUGUUUGCCUAUAUACUGUUCUUUGGCGAUCUAGCAGUGAAGACUUUUUGCAGUGUUAAGGGUUUAGAGACUGUUUUACAGGAAGUUUCUAUACAUAUUUUGUUCGUCCUUACUCUGCAUACGUCUACCUGGUUAUUUCUAUAACUGUAAGCAUUUAAAUACAAGGUGGAAAUAGUCACUAAAAGCUUAGUGAAUCACUACACUGGGAGCGUGCGGAGGCUUAAUUGGAGAAAGAGGACAUCAGUUCUUGGGACAGUGACAAGCCAGUGUUGACACAGCAUGUUUAGAUGAGCCAUGGCAGUUGUACAGUCAGACUGUGUGUGAAAUUUUAUCACCCCUGUCAUUGUCUUGGAUGUGUUGUCUAAGCACAUUUCAGUAAUGUAAUUCACCAGCCGCCAGGAUGUUCAGCAUCUAUCUUCACAUCGAACUUGUCCAACAAAUCUAACAAAUCUGCAAUUACUGUGUGUGAUGAAUACAGUUCCCUUCAUGAUGGAAUCUGGGCCUGAUAGUUGUGUGUCAGUAAACUUACAUGCUUUGUUCAAGGGUUUUUUAAUUUCACCUGUGUUAUGGGGAAAAAUGUUACAUUUCACAGCUGUACUUUUUGUAUCACUCAUUACUAUUCAGUGUCAAGGACGUGUGUGUGUGUGUGUGUGUGUGUGUGUUAGUGUGAGUGAGUGAAAGACCGGGUGCGUGCGAACCUCCCUGUCACUGACUGAACUGUUUUAUUUUUGAACUAACGAUAGACUUCUGUACUUGUGAAUGGUUUUCUAUUAAGUUCCUUGAUUCAAUGUUCCUUGCCUUUCUGCAAGUCAAAAAUGCUGUAUUUAUUACAUGCCACAGCGCUUAUGCAAUUGUAUAAUCCUUAUUUAUUGUUUUUUUUUUUCUUUUGUUUGUUUGUUUUUUAACCUUUUGUGUUCCUUAUCGUCAAUGUAAAUUGUUGUCAAAACUUUUGUGGCAAUGGAAAAACUUCUGCUAAGGGAGAUUUUCUGUACUUUUUGGACAAUGAUAUGGAUUUGUGGGUAGAAUUUUGGAAAUUCGUUUCUAAGUGCUUUCAAGUAUUUACUUGGCCUUAUGUAUAUAUAUCUAUCUAUGACAUUUCAGAAAGGUAUGUAUAGUAAUUCAACCUGAAAUUGUUGUAAAUAAAUUAUAUAUUGUUAAA